CCAAGCUCUUGGAAAGAAUCAACUACAGGAAGAUCCACAGAAGACUAAAGACUGUUAAUGAAAGAUGAAACUGAGCGAGAGAAUGGGCAACAGGGCUACACUUGUGGCAGAAGAGAGAAAAAGAACACACAAAGCAAUUUUUGCUUAAUAAAACGCCAAUGCUAUUUUAUAUGAAGAACAGAUCUUUGCAUUCCAGAGAAACUGUAUUUCUACAGGGCACUGGCAGUGAAGAAAACAUCUCAGACCUCACAUUCAGCGACGGCUACAGCCUUGGCUGGGAAGCUAUCAGCCAGCUACAAACGUUUACAACGGAAGAGGAACAGACAGACAAAAGGUGACAGAAGAUAAUCAUCAUGGCAUCGGCAGGUCUACAGUUCUUUGCUUUUAUUUUAGCUUUGAUGGGUGUUUUCGGUGCCAUCACAGCCACUCUACUGCCCAACUGGAAAGUAAAUGCAGAUGUGGGUUCAAAUAUCAUAACAGCUAUAACACAGAUGCAAGGGCUCUGGAUGGACUGCACAUGGUACAGCACCGGGAUGUUUAGCUGCACUCUGAAAUAUUCAGUCCUAUCCCUCCCUGUUUACAUCCAGGCUGCACGGACAACCAUGGUCCUGUCUUGCAUCCUAUCAGCUUUUGGGAUCUGCAUCUCCACAGUAGGAAUGAAGUGCACAAAGUUGGGAGGAGACAGGGACACCAAAAGCUACACUUCUUCUGCUGGAGGGGUCUGCCUCAUCCUUGCAGGAAUCUUUGAGUUGGUACCAACAUCCUGGUACACAAGAGAGAUAAUUUCAAAUUUUAUGGACCCAACAGUCCCAGAGAGCAGUAAAAAUGAACCAGGAGGAGCUGUUUAUACUGGAUUCAUUUCAGCAGGACUUCUGUUCAUUGCAGGUGUGAUCUUCUGCACAACCUGUUCUAAAAAGCAGCAGGGAGCAUGGAUUUACCCUACUAAGCAACAACAGUUUCCAGCCACACAGCAAGAGAACAAUGCAGGCUACAACCUGAAGGACUAUGUGUAAAUAUAGUAACGUCUAUCAGCUGGGGCUUUUUUGUUUACUUAAGAUUUAAAAAAAAAAAAUUAACUGUUCUUAAUGUCAAGGCUGCAAUUACAUUUUAACAAAGUAUUUUUAUUUUAAUUAAAAUCAGGAAAAAAGAGGAAAUAAAGCAUAAAAAUCUGCUGCAUUUUUUUUUUGUGCUGAUUUUUCAAACCAAAUUCUUUGGCUUUCCAGCUGAAAUUUAUUGAAGAGAAAGAAACCAAUUCAAACAGUGCAAUUAAACUAACGUUUAGUUACAGCACAGACAGUUAAACACAAAAGAAAAUCUAUUCAGCAAAUACAGGAUAUCAGUAAUGUACCAAAAUUUGUGAUUUAUUUAUUUUUUAGAGUUUCGUUUUAAUUAUGGCACAAACAAAACCAACUCUCCCUCUGUGUGAAGCCCCGUGCAUUGCUUUUAAUCACAGCCACAUCUGCCUUUCGUUUCCAGCUCCCAACUGCCAUGGUAACUAGAUUUCUUUUUAAAAAACGCAGCCACAUUGUAUAUCGGCAUAUCAGGAGCUGAAGAGCUAACGCUGCCAUUGAGAUACUGCCAAAAAUGGCCCCUCCAAAAUCACCAGCUGCUGUGGGUUCCAUGUUUUAUUUUAAAAGAAAAGUCUACUAGGUAGUCUCCAACUCCUGGCAAUCUACCACCAAACAACAACUGUUCGAUUUGAGGAGGAACACAACAAAAGAAGUGUCAUAAUGAUUGAGGAAAUACUUGGAAGCUUUAACCCACUGGCUACACAUUUAGGCACAAGAAAAAUCGGCACCCUCCCUGACUUAUCUUCCUUACUCUACAAAGCAAACCACUAGCCUUUAACUAAUGGAGUAUUUCACCUCCUGUUAUUUAGUCAUCAUUUAUUGAAACCUAUACAUUUUUGGCCCUUUUAAAAUUUAAUUUCAUAGAGCCUGAUCCAACACCCGUUGAAGUCAAUGGGUCAAACCCACUGCAAUAUGCCAUAUACAGCAGUGGUCAAUGACAGCAUCUUAGUUUACAAGUACUUAAUCGGUUUAAUUAACUUGGUGAAUGUUUCUAAAGCCUCAGACCCUUCUUUCCAGCAUGCAGAACUUAUUGGACAUUUGUAGGCGAUGUCUCAUGUCAAAUAUUGUCCUAGAUGUUAAAAAAAAAAAAAAAAAAAUGAUGUGAAUUUGCUAAUGUAAGUGAGGGCAUAAAAAGAGGAGUGGACCUAGGUUUGAAUGUCUGGGGAUAUGACUCUGGACAAGUUCCUCACAGUUCAGUCAGGUACUAGAAUAUGUCUUGUUUAUUCUUAUACAGCUUUUUAGUGCUCAGAUUAUUAGCUCAUGAAUCAUUAAAAUAUAUGGUAGAACUGUAGUAUAAAAUAGAUUAAUAUAGUAAGCAUCAAAUAAAGAAAUCUGAAUGGUGUGGAAGGAGUGAAGCUUAAUCUUUUGUUAUGGGCUUUUAUAAAGAGAGCAAUGAUUUUGUACUCACAAUGACAGUCUCUAGCAUAUAUCCAUUAGCUCUGAGUUACGAGAACUUGCCUUAUAUUAUAUGUUAACAGCAAGCAUUUGAAUUUUCUGCCUAUUUUAUGAAGCAAUUUGUUUUGUACCAUCACUGGCAACUGUGCCGGAUCAGCAGUAAUUCAGUGGUUCAGACUUAGCCAGAACCAGAACUGAAAAAGCCCAGGUUAUUUAGGGACAGUGGCCUAGUGCACCGCAACACUCCAAGACAGUUGUAUUGAGUUUAUGUUGUAAAAGAGUAUACAUUCAGGGGUGUAUAGUUUUCUAGAAACACCUAUAUUUUUCUGGAGAACUGAUUAAUUGAGGUAUUAUUAUUUUAAAAAUAUUUGCAUGUCAAAUCAGGAGCAUCUCUAGCCUAUACAUUGAAAUCAGUAUUUUUUAAAAAUCACCAGAGAAAACAAGAACCAAAAAAGAGUUGUCUUGGGAAAGACCCAAAAAAUAUUUAUUUGCAUGUUAUAAGCAAAACUGAGAAUUUCAACUGUUACAUAAGCAGCUAAGAAAGACUCCUUUGCCAAGACUACUUAUAUAGAAGAAUCAGAAGUUCCUUAUUUACCAAAGCAAAAUCUAAGUAAGAACUUUUGGUUUAACUCACAACAAGCGCCUCAACAACUUCCCAAGAGAAAAAAAGCAGCUCCACACCCAGUAUUGGUAUCUAAUUAAGGUUGUAUAGUAGUCAAACUCUCAAGGAUCAUGGCAAAAAGUUGGAGGAUAAAUCUACAACAAGACAGCAGGAGUCGUAAAGCAAAAUGUGGCAAAAGAAGUGUGAAAAAUAGCUGCAAUGUUUUUGUCUGCUGAUUUCUGUUUCUUUUGCUCUUGCAAUAGUCACUGUUUGCUUUAGUUUAGAGAGAAAUAUUCAAUAAAUAAAAACUUAACUUUAAGCAUGUG